GCAAUCAUAAAUUUUCAAUUGAAAAAGAAAAGUGAAGAAAAAUUCCUUCAAAAUCUCGAAAAUCAUAGAAAGAUACAACAUUUUGGCAUAAAUUACCUGUUUUAAAAAAAUUAAGUUUGCCAUCGGAAAAAUUAUAACACACUCCUAAAAAAGUGAAAGUUUAUUAGUUUAUUUUUUUUUCGCUCGUGUUGUGUCUUCGAUACGUGGCCUAAAUAAAUCCAAUCCGAUCCUAAUUGGUCAACAUAAAAGUAUCUACGAAAAGAAGGAGAAUACUUAUUCUGUUUUUUUAAAAGUCAAACUCACGCCUGUAAAUUUAUUUUUAAAAAACUUGUUUUUUCAUUCUUAAAUUUGUUUAAAAAAAAAUAAAAGUCUAAACAAUUUUAUUCAACAAAUUGGUGUUAAUAAAGCUCUCAGCGUUGUUGAUUUUAUACUUUAUUGUGUGGAUAUCAUCUUGAUGCAAUAAAUUCUUUGAAUUAAAUAAAAUAUCAAAAAGUAUCUUCAACUCAAUCUUUUAUUUUUACUGCUCAACAACGAAAACGAGCGACGUCGACCACGACAAUUUCUUCUGCUAACGAACGUGUGCUGCCUGCCUGUGCCGCUUUAUUUUUAUCUCUCAAGUUCAAGUGGAUGACCUCGCUUUUGUUGGCGGUCUCUUACUCGUCUCCUCAUUUAUAUUUAAAUUAUAUUUAAACAACAAAAAGUAAAUGCCUUGCCGGUUACACUAAGAUAGUGUGUAUUUUUCCAUCUCAAAUUAAAUGCAUUAAAUUUAUAAACAACAUUAACCAAAAGAACAGUGGAUAUAGUUCCUAAAUUUUAAACAGUUUAUUUUAUUAUUACAAAACCAUAAGUUCUGUGAUAACUUUGCAAACAAAAAAUUUAAAAAAAUAUAUUUUUUUACAACCAUUUUGAUUUUGCACAACAAAUAUAAACAUUUUGGUAUAAAAAUACAAAACAAAGGAAAAUAUAUAUUUUAGACAUCAAAAAACAAAAUAAAAUAAAAACGCCCACUCGAAAUUUUCUUCUUCCAUUAUAACAACCCUCGGUGUUUAAAAAUUAAACCACCAACAACAUCAACAACAAUAAAAAUGAAAAUAAUUUAACAAAAAUUUAAACAAAUAAAAAAAUACUGACAAAAAAAACCUUAUAUAAAUAAUUGUUUAUAUAUUUGCUAUAUACAAAUUAAAAAAGUGCUUUUUUUCUUCCUUUUUUUUAAUUUCUUUCUUUAAACAAACAAAUAAAGAAGAAUUAAAAAUCACUCAGUGUACAUUAGUAUAAUAGUAGGAGAGAACUAGUGAAGACUGACAAAACAAAAACCAAGUUAAUCGAAUAUAAGCAGAUACAAAAAAAAAUAUAAUAAUAUAAAAUUAUUACAAAUAAUUAAUGUUUUUAUUUUUAAUACUUAAUUAAAAAGAAUAUCAGUGUGUGUGAAUUAAUUUUUCAUUGUUUGUUCUUCUUUGUAUAAAGUAAGAAAAAUAUAUAAAUAUUUAUAUAUUUGAGUACAAAAUAAAAUAUAAAAACAUUAAAAAUCAACUAUAUUUUUGGAUAAUUUUUUUCUACCUUGAAUAUAAAUAAAUAAGAAUGUUUAAAGUUAUCACCAACGUUUGAAAGGAAUAAAAAUUAUAUAUUUUUCGCUUGUUAGACCUGUUCCCACAUCUAUGGAGUUUCAUCUAGACAGUGCAGAAUACUGCCAAGCUCAGCACAAAUAAAAAGUGACUUAAAAAAAAUCACCUCAAAAAACGGGGGAGUGCGAGAGUGGUGAAGAGAGCAAUUGAGCGCGUGCGCGAUUCAGAGUAGAUACAUCAAUAAAAAACAAAAAAUAAUUAUUUUUCAAUCAUUAGAUCAUAAUUUAAAUCAACAACAAAUCUCUCUAUCAAGUAGUUCAUUUUUAAAAAUUCAAAAACCAAAAUCAAUAAUUUCCAUUUGUAUAAUCAUAUUGCAAAAACAAAAACAAAACGCAUAUCAACGAUCGUUACACAAAAUCUUAAAACUAAAUAAAAGAAAAACAACCGGGAAAUAUCGGUUGAAGCGUUUUAAAUUUCAAUUCAAAAUCAGAAAUCCCUUUUUUUUCUUUUGUUUUCUUAUUUGAUUUUAUUAUUAUUAAAUUAAAAAAUUAAUUAAAAAAAAACAGGGUUAAAUUAUCUCUCUUAAAGAAAACAAUACAAUUGAAUGAAUAUUUAUCUGUGUCAGCUUAACAACAUUUAAUCAGUAAUUAUAAAACUAUUUAAAAGUUCAUGAGAUACACUAACAAAACUCUUGAAAGAAAUUAAAUAAAAAUUGUUAUGGGUGAUAAAUAAAAACAAUAAUAUUAAGAAUUUUCUAGCAAUUUAUCAAACAAAAAAAACGCAAAGUAAUAAUUUUGUUUUCUAUUUUUUCAUUUUCCUAAAAAAAACAACAAACAUUUUUCUACUUAAUAACUUUUUUGUUUAUAAGUUAGAAGCCAUUUUCAACUAAAGGCCUUCAAAAGAAAAACAGAUAAAUAUAAAUAAAAGUAUAUAUUUUUAUCUCACAUUUAAUAAAACAACAGAUACGUAUAUAUUUUUACAAAAAGAAAAUUAAAAACAAACAAAAGAAAAAAGAUCAAUUUAUAUUUUUUUAACAAAAGAAUAACUUUUCCACAAAAACCGUCUCGUCUCUCGUCGAAACAGAACAAACAAAUUCUCCAAAACUCUCAGUAAUUUAGCUGACGAAAUAAAUUGAAAAGAAAAACAAAAUUAACAAAAGAAAACUAACUAUUUUUGUUUUUGUAAUUUAUUAUAUAUUAAAAUAUAUAUUAUAAAGUAUAAAUUAUUAAGAGUAUAUAAAACUGAAGAUAAACUAAUUAUUUAAUAUUUAAAUUUAAAGUAAUAAAAACAAAAAAGGACUGCAAUAAUUACUUAAUAUUAAAAAUAAACUUAAAAAAAAACUAAACAAGUCAAACUACGCACGCGUGAAUCGAAAAUAAAAUAAAUUACUUAAUUAAUUUAUUUAUUGAUAUAAAACAAAAAAACAAAAACAAUCUGUAAACAAAACUUCAUAAACAAACAGAAAAACAAUUUAAACAAACAACAAAUCACACACAAAACAUAAAACCAAGAAGCCAAUCAACGAAACAAACAAGCAAAGCAAAAGUUUGUUUUUUCCUUAUUUUUCUAUUCUGAACGCGAAUUUUUUAUUGAUGAGCAACAUGCGCCAAAAGGACAUCCGACCAGCACCCGCUCUUAUUGAGUUUAAAGGGAUGAAAUUUUUGAUUACAGAUCGACCAUCUGAUCUUACCAUAGCACAUUAUAUUUUGGAAUUGAAGAAAAAUAAUGUUAGCACAGUUGUACGUGUUUGCGAACCAAGUUAUAAAACUGAUGAACUUGAGUCUCAAGGCAUUGUUGUUAAGGAUUUGGCAUUUGAAGACGGAACACCACCGCCACAAAAUGUUGUCGAUGAAUGGUUCGAAAUAUUGAAGCAAAACUAUCAACAAAAUCCUGAAGCAUGCGUUGCUGUUCACUGUGUAGCUGGCCUAGGUAGAGCACCAGUUUUAGUUGCAUUGGCGUUGAUCGAACUUGGUCUCAAAUAUGAGGCAGCUGUCGAAAUGAUCAGAGAUAAACGGCGAGGCGCUAUUAACGCUAAACAACUCUCCUAUUUAGAGCGGUAUAGGCCAAAGUCAAGGCUUAAGCACAAAAAUGGCCACAAAAAUUCAUGUAGCGUGCAAUAGAUAUCAAAAUAAAAUUCCCACCAGAUAAAAAGUGUUCAUUUUAACCGAUAAACAAACAAGAAAAAUAAUAAUUAUUUAAACAAAAAUCAAAAAAACAACUUAAUGAAGCAACCUAUCCAAAAGAAACAACACAAAAAUCACUAAUUCAGUUGAGAAAGAAAGAGUUUGUGUUUUUUGUUUGUUAAGAAAUAAUGUGGAAAAGAAUAUCGGUUGAAAAGUAGAAAAACAUGAAAAAUAGUAAAAUAUUUAACUAUAAAACCAAUGAUUGUAUCAAAAUGAAAUACUUGCAAUUAACAAAAACAAUUAUCUUCCCUCUAUAAACCCAACCCAACUCUCCACAAUAACCCUCUGUAUUUGCGCAUCACUAUUCAAUUGUUAUUAAAACAAAAAUCCUCUCUCUCUCCCCAAAAUAAAUAAUGGUUUCUCUCGUUUGUAUUAGUUUUUGCUUUUGAUUAAUAUUUUCUUUUCUUUUUCAACUUAAUAAAUAAAUGUAUUGUAAAUUUUAUUUUUGUGUUAAUAAUUUAAUUUAAAAACAAAAGAAUAUAAACAAAUCGUUGUACCCCCCUUAAUUAGAAUACGAAUUAUUUAAAAAGAUAAUCUAAUGAAUAAACAUUGUAUAAACAAAUCAAAUCCUUCCACAUGAUAAUUUUUUUGCGGAUGGGAUACAUUUCUAAACAAGAAAUAAAGAAAAAAAUAACUUAAAAUUAUAUAAAUUAAAAAAAGAAAACAAGCAAACAAAAUGAACAACUGAAUGAAUAUUAAAUUAAAUGUGAAGCUAUAAAACAAAAAUAUAUAGUUAGCUAUUAAUUUUUUAGGAAAUCCAGAUUUUGAAAAAAAAACUAAUAAAUGGAAAACCUCUAAUGGACACACAUUAUUUAGCAGUAAUAUAUUUAAAAUAAACAACAAAAUAUUAACAAUCCAAUGUUAAAUUAAUGAAAUAUAAAAUGAACAGACAAAAUACACCACUCUCCACACUCGUAAUAUAACAUCUAAUCAAUUGCAUAUAAGUAAAUAAAAACUAAAUAUCACAAUAGAACAUCAACUAAAUAUUUAUCUAGAAUAUUUGCUCUCCUUAUCUCCCCCCAAAAAUAACAAUAAUGUUAAAACAAAACAGAAAUUUAAGGAGAAAUAAUUCAUUGGAAAUUAUAUUUAUAACUAAACUCACUCACGUAGAAAUAAAUUUAAAAAAUUAAAACAAAAUACAAAAAAAAAAAACAGAAGGGAAAAAGAAAGAUUUUCAAAGGCAAAAUUUAUUAAAAAUGAGGUCUAGACAUUGAAAGAACAAAAUAAAUUAAAAUAAAACAAGUGAAAAAAUAUAAUACAAAUAA